CUGAAGCGAGUGAUUCCUGCUGUUCUUCUUACCUUCAUACUGUAAAGAAUACCAUGAAAACCCCAAAUGCCACAGAAGUCAAAAGGGGGAUUGCAGUCCUUUGGGAGACUCUGCAGUGCCCCAUAUGUCUAGAUUUAAUGACUGCACCUGUAUCCACAAAGUGUGACCAUCAGUUUUGCAACUUUUGUAUGUUGAAGCUUUUGGACAACACCAAACAAAACAAAGCCAGCUGUCCAGUGUGUAAAGCCAAGAUAACAAAAAGGAGUUUGCGUGAGAGCCCAGGGUUUCAGAGACUUGUAGCAGGAUUGCAAGACAUGAUACAGGCCUAUGAGCACGACACUGGCACAAACUACUUUACUGGAAUGUCCCAACAAAAAAUACAACCAGGUGUCACAGAUGCUGAAGCUAAUAAACAAACAUGCAAUGGUUCAUCCGGAGACACACCUGGUACUGACCCUGACAACGUUGAAAGUGCAAACAAUGAUGAUCUUCCAAUGUCCCACUCUUCAACUGUAGCAGCCCAGAAUGGAUUUGCAAGGCUGAUGGGACUUGAAGACACAAGUCCCUUGACGACAGAAAAUGAAGGUCUGGAUAGUGGCCUCGGUGGGGCCCUUCUAAUUCCAGAAAAUAAAACACCCAGCCCCACCGAUUACGCAGAACCACUAGAAACAGAAACAUCAGAAGUUGUUGAAAAGGCAACCUUAACACACAGAACUAGAGGCAAAAUGAGAAAUGCCAAAUUGGAGGAAUCCUCGCUUCUUCUAAUUCCAGAUGAGACAGAAAACCAACCUAGAAGACGGUCCUUAAGGAAGAAGCAGAAAGUUGAUUUGGAACCUGAAACAAUUUUAGAGCAGAGACAGAAAAGAAGUGUUGAGAAAGUCGCUGAGUGGCUCAUGAAAGUUCCAACUGAGGAAAGUCUGGAGUUAGAGAAACCUGCUGAAGACACCUGUGACCCAGACGACUCUGACAGCGCUUCUUCCACUUCAACGAUAAAUGUCAAGCUACACUAUAGUGACAUGAAUCCAAAGAGAGAGGAUCGUGCUAAAGCGCUUGAAGAGCAGGUGUUCGGGGCUGUCUACAAAAGAGGCCGAAGAGGGAACAGAACCACCUCUCCUCCACUAAAUUCCAGCUCUGAAGAUAAAUAUGAAAGUGACAUGGAGGAAGAGCAAGAAAUGACAGGGCAAAUAAAUGAUACCUGCAGUGAAAUUUUUAAAGAAGCAGAAGAGAUCGUCACAGAGGAAAAUAAUAAAAAGGAAACCAGAGACAAAUAUGAGGAAGAAUUGAACAACAUUCCAGAAAGAGAUGAUGACAAUAAUGGCAAAGAUGAGGUUCCCUGUCUUGUGUCUGAUAUUGAACCACCUCAACCAGGCAGAAAGUUGAAGAAAAGGAUGCGUGAUACUCGUCAGCACGUUGACAGUGAUUUGCAAGAGCAAGCUAAGCCAAACAUGGAAAGUUCUGAACAAAAGAAAACUGACAAGAGGAAAGGUAAAAACACAAAGUCAGAAAAAAGCAAGUCUGGCAGAGUGGUGAAGCCCCUUGUUCUGGUUGGAGUUCAGAAUGGAGAGACCAGUCCUAUAACUAGACAAGUAGAAGAAGAAAUCCAAGUUCAUAUUGAGAAUUACCCUAGCAGUGACGACCACGAAACCCCCAUUAUGAGGAGCACCAGGAGAAGCAGAAGGCUUCAACUCUUUGCCGAGGAAGUCCAGGAAGGUCCCAAGAAAGCACGCGCUCCAAAAAACUUGAGAAAGAGUAUACAUGACAAAGACAGCAGUGAUGCAGAGCAAUCUGAGGAUGCUAAAGGUGCUAUAUCGUGUAAUUCGGCCUCACCUAAAAAUGGAAACUUAAUAAAUGGAUGCAUUUAUGAUCAAGAUAUCGGAGGAAUUGAAAACAUGGAGUUUGGUGAAAGAACGUCUUCUCUGAGGCCAACGGGAGAUGUUACAUCUGUCAAAGAGUCCAUUGUUCUGUCCGAGGCUGUAGAAGAUCCAGCACUUGAUAGUGAUAAUCCAACUGAUGAAUGCCCAAAUAACAUUCAGUCGCAGACUGUAGCUUGCAAGACUAAAUGUGCCAUAAAAGAAAUUGAGGAGGAUAAGAAUGACAGCGAGCUGGACACAGAGCAACUGCUCAAGAGCUUCAAAUCCACAAAAAGGAAAUCUUUCCAUCUUGGAGGUCCAGAUGUGAAAAGGAGCAGAGGUUUAGGUGACGAAAAUGUGCAUGAGGAGAGAAGUGAUAGUGGUUCUGGAGUCAAAGGGGCAAAACAGCUGAGAAACCCUGACGUAACUAAUUCACCUGUGUUAAAAGACAAUGACAACUCAUCUUGUAGUGAUUGGAUCCCCCCAUCUAACUCGUCCAUCCUGACAAGAAAUAGAGUCUCCAAAAAAGGAGAUCAAUUGGUUGAAGAAGUCCUGAUCCCUGAAACGAGUAGCUCUAUUCAGUGCAGUGCUGGAAACUUCGGGAACAGUGUCAGUAGUGCCCUCAGCCCUAAUAAAGUGUCAAAGCAUGAAACAGAGAUUCCUCAUUUUUCUGUUGUACCUCAGGUAGUAGAUUCCGGGCUCUGCUUCAGAGCUGUUGAGUUGUCUGAAGGUGGUGAACGUGAGGAGCUAAAUGAACCGACGAAGUGUUCUCAAAUCACAGACAAUGAGCUUAGUUGUACUGGAAGGGAUGCUGAGAAAGUGAAGGAGAUGAGAGACAACAUUUCACUGGAAAAUUCAGCUGUCUCUGGAAAACAGAGUCCAGACAAUGCAGCAGAGGGUUUCCUAAAUGCAGAAUCAUCUUUAACUCCCGACGGCCUUGGAAUACCAGUUGUCCAAGUGAGCCCCGAAAUACAGACGAGUAGCCAUGGAAGUGAAGAGCUCAGCAUCCAUUCAUCCGUCAAGAGCAAACUGAGAAAGAAGAAGAAGAAGAAGGCUCAGAGGCUCGAGUCUUCUCCCGAGUCUGAUUGCAGCGGAGCCAAAGAAGAAUUACCAACUUUGACCCAAAUUUUUGGAACAUCAGCUCCUCCCUCCGCAGUGUGCCUGGAUGACCAGGAUCAGGCAGACUCCAGAUGUGAAGAUGCAUGUGUUACAGCUGAUGAAGCAGAACAGCUGAGCCGUCCACCUAUGUGCCCGAGCCCCGACUGUGUUAAUUCCAGCCAAGCGUCUGUGGACUUGUUUGGCACACCAGAUGAAUGUGAUGUUCCAGUAAAUGACUCCAAUGUUGUUGAGUCAUCACAAUUCUCAAGCGAUGUCCUUGUCACUCAGCAAAAGAUAGAAAUGCAGAAGGAGCUGUUUAGGCUGGAGAAAUUGAUGGCUCUGGUGUCAGAGGUGCUUCAGGAGAAAGAGGACAGCCCCAACAGCAAAGUCCCCUCAGAAACACACCCGAGCUCCAAGACCACAGGCCCAGAUGUGCACAGACCCCUCCCAUGUGACCAGGGUGCAAGGCAAAGUUCAGACAGGAAUGAUGUUCCUGAUGCAGGACGAGAGCCUGAUUCACGACUAUGUGAUGGUAAAGGUGUGUCAAAGCAUGGCGGCAUUGCAGAGAUGGCCGUGCAGCGCUCCACGCACACAGGGCCGAGUGUAAAAGCCACCGGAGCCUCCAAAACACCUAGUUCAAGCUCAGCAGCCAAAACAGUAGUUUCACCAGCAGAUGGGCAAGAGAACAAAGAAAACAACACUCCUGAGAGAGACAGGAGUAAAGCUAAAAUGGUGCUAGUGUCAUCUGGAUUAGAGCCCACUGAACAGAUAAUGGUGAAAAAGUUUGCCAAGCGUAUCGGUGCCCGUGUGGUUUCCCGGGUGACGCCAGAGGUCACGCAUAUCAUAAUGUCCACAGAUGAACGACUGGUGUGUGAGCGCACGCUGAAGUACUUCCUUGGCAUUGCAGGCAGGAAGUGGGUAGUGAGCUUCCAGUGGAUUGCUGAGUGCUUCAAACAAAAGAAACUCUUAGAUGAGACUAUCUUUGAAGUUAGAGGUGAUGUGGUGAAUGGGCCCGACCACCAGGGCCCCACGAGAGCUCGCACUACUGACGAUAACAAUCUGCUCAUGAAGGACUACCAAAUCUGCUUCCAAGGACCUUUUACAGACAUGACUACAGAUGAACUGGAGUGGAUGGUGGAGUUAUGUGGAGCAGUUGUUGUGACAGAUCCACUUCUGCUUGACGGUAAACAGAAGUCCCAUCAGCUGGUUAUUGUGCAACCUGGAUCAGAGUCGCGGCCGUCCACAUACAGCAGUCUCUCUAGACAGGCUACAGUUGUGACUCGUGGUUGGCUGUUGGAUACAGUGGCAACUUACACCCUCCAAACCUAUAGCAACUAUACAACAUGACCUGUUGUAUCAUCACUACUAUUGUCCUGCAUUGUCCUCUCUUGACCCUUUUUUACAUUUCCAUUUAUUAAUGUCCAGUUCUGUAAUACAUUUGUUCUGUAAUCCAUCUGUUCUGUGGAUAAACAGAAAGCAC